AUGGCAGCGCUCACAGGGGAGCGUGGCACCUGUCUUUCUGCUCUCCACUGCCCCCCGCCCCUCCUGCCCAGCCCCAGGCCUCUGUGUGCUGCUCACUCCAUUGUGUCAGCCUUCACAAGUGCUCAGUUUGAGUGGCAGGCCGUCACAGAUCAGUUCCCAGCUAAAGCGGCCCGGCAGGCCAGGGUGACGGGCCAGGAAGGGAUCUAA